ACGAGUGAAGUUUGGAGAAGUUAGUAUCUCGGUUCCCCGUCAUCCCUCGCAGAAAUAUGGUAGAUAAAUAUUUGUUAAGUCAUGCAAUUAUGAAAUAUAUCAUAUAAUUGCCCCGAAUUUCAACAAAAAUCAGCAAAAUCCGUUCAACAUCUAACAUAUUCGCAUCUAGAUUAUUUAAGCAGUUUUCAAUGGAAAGGUGGCAAAAUCGAGUAGCAGUGGUAACAGGUGCCAGCUCCGGAAUUGGAGCUACUGUUGCAGCAGACCUUGUGAAAGCUGGGCUUGUGGUGAUUGCUUUGGCACGCCGGGAAAGCAAACUUCGCGAAAAUAAAAAUGCAUUGCCCGCUGAUGUGCAAUCACGAUAUCAUCCGGUUCGGUGUGAUGUCACCAACGAGGAGGAAGUUAAGAAGGUCUUCUCGUGGGUCGAGAAGCUUUUCGGUGGAACCGAUAUCUUGGUCAACAAUGCAGGAGUAUUUCAUUAUGGGACGAAUCUAGUUGACUCUAGCAAUUCGGACGCGAUUUGCAAAACCUUGGAUACAAAUGUUAAGGCUCUGGCGUUUUGCGUUCGUGAAGCUUUCAAUUCAAUGAAGAACCGAAAAUUCGACGGUCAUGUGAUACUUGUUAACAGCGUCGCUGGACAUACCACUGAACGGAUCCCGGGAACAAACAUGUAUAUGCCGUCUAAGCAUGCUGUAACUGCCUUGGCUCAAACGUAUCGUCACGAAUUCGCACAAGCUGGUACAAAGGUGAAAAUAACGAGUAUCAGUCCGGGUGCUGUCAGAACGGAGAUCCUUCCUGAGGAGUUGCUCAAAAUCCCUGGAUUUCCCAUUUUGGAGGCUGAAGACAUUUCAAACGCUAUACUGUACACAAUCGCUACUCCACCCAAUGUUCAAAUUUUUGAACUGACAAUUGAGCCGGUGGGUGCGAGCAUGCCAAAUGUCCAACAGAAAAAUUAAUUUGCUUUUUAGCCAAUAAGAUGAAAGCUAAUCAGAGAUAAAAUUAAACAAUCCUUUUUCCCACUAAA